UCCUGGAGGAACAUUUUUCAAUUUCUCUCUCAUUUUUCUUUCUUUCUCUCUACCUCCGCUUGCCAUAGAGACAUGGCAGGAACCACAGGAACGUUAAGCGUCCACAGAUUUUUGGUGUCGACAUGCCCAAGAAAGGGAACCGAAAACGGCUGAAAUUUAAGGCCGGGGACGUUUGUUCAGAAUCAGUGACCGUUGCUGAUUAUGCUGAUGCUGACCCAGCCGUUGUGAAGUCAGGGAGGGUGAAGAAGGCUGUUGCAAAUGCAGUUGAAAAAGAAGUGAAAUUACUCUGCGGCCUGGAAGCAUCUCAGGGUGCAGUAGAAGAGGUCCUCUCGUCUUCAAUGGGUGUCACAGCUGAUGUUUUAGACAGCAGUGAUGACCUAGACCCCGAAGAAGAUGGAGAAAAUGAAACUAAAGUGGCCCGUAAGAAGAAAAACAAAAGGAGAAAAGAAAGCAGUGAGAGCAGUGAUGGGGGGGAGUAUCCAGUGGAUAUUUGGUUAAUGCUCGCCUCCUACAUUCGGCCUGAGGAUGUAUGCAGAUUUGCCCUCAUCUGUAGGAAUGCCUGGACAGUCACUUGCACUGCAGCUUUUUGGACAAGGCUUUACAGAAGGCACUACAAGAUUGACACAGACCUGCCAUUCCGUCUCCAGCCUGAAUCUAUUGACAGGACAUGCUCUUUACGGGCCCGUGUGAUUCGCUCCCUUUUCCAUUUGUAUGAGCCAUUUAGCUUGCGUGUCUCAAAAAUCCCUGUCCUGCCAGAAUCCACUCCCACAACAUUGAUCAACUCAAAGUGUAUAUUGUUCUGGGUCAAAAAGGUGUGUGGGAUUUGCCCUGAGGCAUUGUGGGAGUUCAACUUCAAGUUUCUAAAGCAGCAGGGACAAAGUAAGAAUGGUUGUGCCAAGUCCUUGCUCAUGCCCAGACAAUAUAAAGAUGUCCACACGAACCCAGACUCUGACUGCUACAUGCUUCAGGUCACGACCCUCAACUUCAUCUUCACCCCUGUGGUCAUGGGCAUGACGCUGACCCUGUUCACAAUCAAUGUUAGCACAGACAUGCGGCACCACCGCGUUCGUCUCGUGUUCCAGGACUCGCCGAUCCACCGAGGGAAGAAGAGGGGGGAUCAGGGCGGAACCCAGGUGGUGUUGGAUCCGGUACACAGUGUAAAACUCAUGGACUGGUGGCACCCACAGUACCCCUCCUCACCCUACACAUAGGAGUUGGCAGAAAGUCACACAAAGAACCCUGCUGUUGUCUCAUCCCACUCUCCAGAGAUAUGAUAUUGGAUGACUCUGCAGAACUCCGGAUUAUAUGUACAUUAUCAUUUCAAUUCCCACUUCGAUUUUGAUUGUUAGAUGUUAAAGAAGGCCGACACUGCAAAUCCCACCUUCCAAUGUUAACAUCAAACAUGUUGCAUGACCAUUCACCUCUACAAACUUGACAGCCUACUUAGUGUUAUUUAAAUAUCAUAGGAUAAAAAAAAGUACUGCAGAAUUAUCCAGAAUUAACAUUGUUCCUAGGGAGACUGAGCUUGUCAUCUGUGUUAACAAAUCUGUGCUGUCCUCCAUGGGCCGCUGGUAGACACAAUCUUUUCAACACUCCUCAGCUCCAGCAGUUCCUUAAUCUUUCUAAACACAUAGAAAAGUAGGCUUUGGUAGUAUGGAAAAGAAACCAAAAGAUCAUGAUUAAUUGUCUUUAUAUUUGUUUAUAUAUGAAAAGAAUUAAAUUAUUUACUGGUUUUGGACAGCUGGGAGAAAGCUAAAUUGUUUUCCAUUGUUAUCUGAAAGAAAGGUGCGUAAUAUUUCACAAAAUAGAAAAGAGUGUGACAGUGAUAGUAGAUCAGAGGAUUCAUUAUUUAUAUAUCACUCAGCCCACCAGACAUGCCAGAGGGGUGUAAGCACUUAGAGCUACCAGCUGCAUUAAAAGACUCCCAAGUCUGCUUUUAUUUUACAUUAGACAAACAUGUUGCAUUUUGAACCCACGUGUAUAACACGUUUUCUUUAAGUCUUUGAAAGGGAUGCUUAUGGAUUAAUAGGGUGGAAUAUUUGUGCUGUCCUCCAUUGAUUUGUUUUCAUGCUCACUUGAAAAGUUACUCAAACAUAUCUUGGUUUUGCGUUGGUUUGAAGGUUGCAUUAACAGAGUUGUAUUAUUCUUUUAAAGGUCCAGUGUGUAGGAUCCAUUUGGAGAAAUAGAAUAAAAUAAUCAUAAUUUUGUUAUACUUAGUGUAUAAUCACCUGAAACUAAGAAUCAUGUUUGUUUUUUUUACGUUAGAAUGAGCCCUUCACGUAGGGAACAACUUCAUGUUGCACUGCCAUGUUUCCAAAGUAGCCCAGGGUUUGCCAGGGUCAAACACUGGCUCCAGAGAGGACUUUUGCGUUUUGCCAUUCGCUGAACUCCACCAUAGGUGCUAUUUCACAUUUGAAAGCAGGGAUAUUGAGUUGGUUGCAAUUUGCAAAUUCACAAAUUCCACUAAAUUCUGCACACUGCUCCUUUAAAAUCAUGUUUUUUUCAUGAUGUUUUUAAUUUGAAGGCAGCCUCAUUUAGUAUUAUGUGAAUAUUAAAGACACUGCUCUUUACUGAAGGGGCCAAAGAGAUUAAUUACCUCACACAUUGUCCACUCAUCUGCUGAUUUGAGCAUUGUCUCUUUUUUUCUUAUCUAAAAACAGCUUGAUCGUCUCCUUACAGACUAUAUGAGCCAUCUACCCUACUGCCUCGUGUGGAGUCUCAUUCUAAACUAUGAAAGGCUUAAUGUGUAUAAAGUGGUCUGUCUUGAGUGUUUUCUGUUGAAUCUGACUUGAAUCAUACCAAUCACAUGCUUGAUUUUGAUAGGGAGAUUGCUGCCAUUGACAUUGAUUUAUCCAUCCAACAGACAGUCAAAAUUAUGUAACCUGGAUUCAUUUGCACAUAUACAUGUAUUGCAAAAGAAAAAAUGAUUCGAUUAACCACAGACAGUUGAUUAUUCUAGAAAUAAAAAAGAAAAGACAAGUGGAUGUUCUGAUUAGCAACAGUUUGAUGUUUCGUCGUUGGUCUAGUUUUAUCAGAUGAAUUACAUUGACAAAUGUACUUAAUGCACUGAAAUAAAAACUGAAACUGCCCAU